AUGACAGGACUAUGCAAAUUGAAGGAUUUGGUAGAGCUAGAUAUCAGCUAUAACAUGUUUAGCGCGCAACUUCCCGAGUGUUUAAGCAACUUAACAAACCUGAAUGUUCUUGAACUUAGCUAUAAUUUGUUCAGUGGAAAUUUUCCAUCCUUCAUUAGUAAUCUCACAUCACUGGCAUACUUAUCCCUCUUUGGAAAUUACAUGCAAGGAUCAUUUUCAUUGAGCACUUUGGCUAAUCACUCCAAUCUCCAGCAUCUAUAUAUUUCAUCACAAAGCAUUGGUGCAAACAUUGAAACUGAAAAGACAAAGUGGUUACCCAAAUUUCAAUUGAAGACACUCAUUCUUAGAAAUUGCAACUUAAACAAGGACAAAGGAAGUGUCAUUCCUACUUUUCUUUCAUAUCAAUAUAGUUUGAUAUUGAUGGACCUAUCCAGCAACAAAUUGGUUGGUUUAUUCCCAAGAUGGUUCAUACAUUCUUCUAUGAAAUAUUUGGAUAUAUCAAUCAACAGUUUAAGUGGUUUUCUUCCAAAAGAUAUUGGUAUAUUCCUUCCUAGUGUUACCUAUAUGAAUUUUUCAUCAAAUAACUUUGAAGGAAAUAUACCUUCAUCAAUUGGUAAGAUGAAAAAACUUGAGUCCUUGGACCUCUCUCAUAAUCAUUUCUCAGGUGAGUUACCUAAACAACUGGCCACAGGUUGUGAUAAUUUACAAUACUUGAAGCUCUCCAACAACUUUCUACAUGGGAACAUUCCUAAAUUUUAUAAUUCCAUGAAUGUGGAAUUUUUAUUUCUCAAUAAUAACAACUUUAGUGGAACACUUGAAGAUGUAUUGGGAAAUAAUACAGGAUUAGUAUUUCUAUCCAUAUCCAAUAAUUCAUUCUCAGGAACAAUUCCUAGCUCAAUUGGGACAUUUUCUUACAUCUGGGUCCUUCUUAUGUCUCAAAAUAUAUUAGAAGGUGAGAUCCCUAUUGAGAUUUCCAACAUGUCAAGUCUUAAAAUUCUGGAUCUUUCUCAAAACAAGUUAAUUGGAUCAAUCCCAAAGUUAAGUGGUUUGACAGUUCUUAGGUUCUUGUAUUUGCAAAAGAAUAAUCUCUCUGGCUCGAUACCAUCUGAACUCUCUGAAGGCUCACAACUACAACUUCUAGAUUUGAGGGAGAACAAAUUUUCAGGUAAAAUUCCCCACUGGAUGGAUAAGCUAUCAGAGUUACGUGUUCUUUUACUAGGAGGGAACAAAUUGGAAGGAGAUAUUCCAAUUCAAUUGUGUCGGUUAAAAAAGAUAGACAUAAUGGACCUAUCACGGAACAUGCUCAAUGCUUCAAUACCAUCUUGCUUCCGAAAUAUGUCAUUUGGAAUGAGGCAAUACGUUGAUGAUGAUGACGGUCCUACUUUUGAAUUCUCAAUAUCCGGAUAUCUUCCAACGAUUUCCUUCAAUGCUAGUUUGUCGAUUCAACCUCCAUGGAGUUUGUUUAAUGAAGAUCUACAAUUUGAGGUGGAGUUCAGAACAAAGCACUAUGAAUACUUUUACAAGGGUAAAGUUCUAGAGAAUAUGACUGGAUUGGAUUUAUCAUGGAAUAACCUAACAGGUCUCAUCCCUUCUCAAAUUGGUCACCUUCAACAAGUUAGAGCCUUGAACCUAUCACAUAAUCACUUGUCUGGUCCUAUUCCAAUUACUUUUUCAAAUCUUACCCAAAUAGAGAGCCUUGACUUAUCAUACAAUAACUUGAGUGGUAAGAUACCAAAUGAACUAACCCAGUUGAACUUUUUAUCAACCUUCAAUGUAUCAUACAACAACUUUUCUGGAACACCACCUAGUACAGGACAGUUUGGAGGUUUUGAUGAGGACAGUUACAGAGGUAAUCCCGGUCUUUGUGGACCACUCCUCUAUCAAAAGUGUGAACGUGUCGAGUCUUCACCUUCAUCACAAUCCAAUGACAAUGGAGAAAAGGAAACCAUGGUGGACAUGAUAACAUUUUAUUGGAGUUUCACAGCAUCUUACAUAACAAUACUAUUGGCCUUCAUAACAGUGUUGUGCGUCAAUCCACGUUGGCGUAUGGCCUGGUUUUAUUACAUCAGUAAGUUUAUGCGUAAAAUUUUUCCAACGUUUCCAUUGUAUUGA